AUGUCCCGCCAUCCCGACGGAGACCCCAAUCGCCGGGGCCAAUACCCUCCACCCCCCGAUACAGAUCCGAGUCGCCAGGGACAAUAUCCGUCCGACGAUCCCAAUCGCUCGCGCGCUUAUCCCUACGAGCAGCCUCACUAUCCGUAUCCUCCUCAGCAGUCCUAUCCCGCCCCUCAAGAGCACGAUCGCGGAUACUAUCCCCCUCCACCUUCGCAAUAUCCUGCUCCACCACACAUGGCUGCCAUUCACCCACACGCGCCGCAGGAUUAUCGGCUGCCGCCUCCUCCGGGAGCUUACCGGCCGGAUCCAUAUCAGCAGCCUCCGCCGCAACAGCAGCCGAUGCCAUAUCAUGCAGCUGCUCCCCGCCAGCGAACCGCUAUUGCCUGCCGGUACUGUCGUCGACGCAAGAUUCGUUGCUCGGGUUUCGAGAACUCCCCCGAUGGACGAUGCACCAACUGCCAGCGCUUCAACCAGGACUGCAUGUUCACACCCGUCUCCUCCCAGGCGCAAGCUUUCGUCCCUGCGCACGCUGCUUACCCGCACAUGCGCCCCGGCAACAAUGUGAACGGCCAACCUCCCCCCGGCACAAUUCUCUAUGGGGCUCAUGGACAGCCGCUUCCCCCUAACUCGGCCGUGCAAGGCCCCGACACCACCUUGCCGCCGCCUCAAGGGAUGUACGGCCCUCCGUAUAGCCGACACCCCACUGACGGUCCCGCACCGCCCCUUGCGCAAACUAUGCCGGAUCCGAGACAGCGGCGCGGCUCUGGCACAGGCUUCGAUUAUCCUGAGCCGGCCAAUCUGGCUCCCGUUACACCCGCCAGUUCCACCCCCGGAUACCAGACCCACACCGCUCCGAGCCCUUACUAUGGUCACCCGCACGACCAGCGCACCUCGCCGCAGGCUGCCUAUGCUUACGAGCAGCCACGUCAUUCGACUUCACCGCACGGUUCGCCGUAUGCGCCAAUGACUGCCCCUCCUGCAGGCCAGACACCCCCUCCAACUUCGACUCCUGGUGGUGCCCAGCGGGGUGGUCUGAAUGUCCGCGAUAUGCUGAACCCCGGUGCGGACGGCGACUCUCAAGGCCGUUCUAGUACCGACAGCGACAUGCUCAACCAGCUGAACCGCCGUGGCCCUCGGUAA